CAGGGAAUUGUUUUGUUCUGUUCGUUGGAGUCUUUGCUCCAUCGAGCAAGUUCUCACAACAAACACAACACACACUGUAGCUAAUGUCAGUUGAGGCUGUCGCUGCGAGAUAUCAACCUGUCCGCCCAUCAUGCUACUGAAACUAUGUUGCAUUUACAGCACUGGAGUGUUUUCUAUGUUACUUCUGAUUGCGGGCAUUUCUAUGGUCUUGUCUAACGUGUUUCCACAUUUUCUACAGUCGGUGGUUGAAAAGGAAAUCGUUUUGAAGAAUGGCACAUUGGCGUUUGAUGCCUGGGAGAAUCCACCAGCACCUAUCUACAUGCAGUUUUACUUCUUCAAUCUGACCAAUCCCCUGGAAGUGCUGGAUGGGGACAAGCCCGCUGUGGUGGAAAUUGGGCCGUAUACAUAUAGGGAGUACCGGCCUAUGGAGGAAGUGAGCUUCCAUGAAAAUGGCACCAAAGUAACAGCUGUCAACACUAAAACCUACAUAUUCCAGCCCAACAUGUCCCGAGGUCCAGAGAGUGACCUCAUUAGGACAGUCAACAUCCCCGCCGUGACGGUGAUGGAGAAAUUCAAGAACUCUUGGGUGGCCAGCUUUAUCUCAUCCUACAUGAAGUCCACAGGGGAGGGCCUAUUCACCACCCGUACAGUGGGAGAGCUGCUGUGGGGAUAUGAAGAUGAACUGCUCAAAGCCCUCAAAGUGAUCAGACCCGAGCUGGAUGACGUUUUCGGACUCUUCUACAAGUCCAAUGCUUCCAAUGAUGGAGAAUACAUGUUCUUCACUGGCCAGCAAGACUACAGGGACUUUGCUCGAGUGGAUACAUGGAAUGGUGAAAGCUCACUGAAUUGGUGGACCUCUGAUGAGUGCAAUAUGAUAAAUGGAACCAACGGAGCGUCUUUCCAUCCAGUCAUCACCAAGAAUGAGACGCUCUACAUGUUCUCCUCUGACCUGUGCAGGUCUCUGUAUGCUUUAUAUGAGGAGGAUGUGAUAGUGAAGGGGAUCCCUGGGUACCGCUUCAGUCCCCCCAGUGAGGUGUUCGCCAAUCUGACUGUGAACCCAGCCAAUGCAGGCUUCUGUGUCCCUGCUGGAAACUGCCUGGGCUCUGGUGUGCUUAAUGUCAGUGCAUGUAAACAAGGAGCUCCCAUCAUAAUGUCUUCACCACACUUCUACCAGGCAGAUGAGAAAUUUGUUCAGGAUGUAUUUGGCAUGAAGCCUAAGAAGGAGCAUCACGAGACUACCAUCGAUAUCAAUCCGCUGACAGGAUUCGUCCUGCAAGCAGCCAAGCGUAUCCAGAUCAACGUCUAUGUAGAGAAAAUUCCCACCUUCAGUCAAACGGGAAACGUGAGGACAGUGGUCUUACCUGUGGUUUACCUAAAUGAGAGCGUCAUCAUCGACGACGCCUCAGUCACAAAGCUGAAGGUGAUUGUUCUCGAGGAGAAUGUGGUGGUGAACAUUCCUUUCAUGCUGAUAGGUCUAGGCAUCCUCCUGGGAGGAAUCUUCAUGUUCCUGAUGUGUCGACAAAAGAUCCCCGAGAGCACUGCUGCUGAACGACAGCCCCUGCUCUCAUCAUAGCACCAAAAAAGGAUGUGAAAGAAGGAGGAUUGCCAUAUUUGCUUUAGUAUAAACCAACAUUUCACAAGUUCAAUGGAUCUGCAGUUUUAAGCUACUCAAGUACAAGUUUCCUUUCGUAACCACAUUUCCAUCUUUUAAACAGUUUUUAAUCUAAUGCUUUUAGGAUACAAAGUCAAGAGGACUGUGUUUGUUAUAGGUUUGGGUUUAAUGUUUUCCUUUCAAGUGAGUUGUAAUGAUUUUGAAAUCCCUAUUUCUCAAUUUGAGUGUAUUCGUUUUUACUUCUAAAUAUGGGAUUUUAGAUUGAAAUAACUUGAAAUGAAUCAUGUAAAUCUCCUACCAAAUCUAAUUUUGAUUGUUGAAUUUUCUGGGGAGUCAAACCCCAGGAAUUUAAGAGAAUAAUUCGACCAAUAUUUUUUCUUGAAAUCGCUGCUUUUCUGAGUAUGUGUGUGAGACUAAGUGUAUGUGUGUGUCCAUAAGACAAAUGGCUACAGAACUGAAAAUAGUGAUGAAGGAAUGUGUGUUUUUAAAAGUGAGCUGUAAUAAGUUUUUAAUGUGGUUUGGUGAGAUUGUUGAGGCAUUAAUAAUAAGAAAGUUUGUGAAGCUGCAUUAGUGCAAGAGAAAUGUUUUUCUUCUUUAAUAAUUUUAUAAGAUCAACAUUUUUGUGUUUUUAUAUUGUCUAUGCAUAAGCAAAGUAAACAACAAAGUCCCUCUAUGCAAAAAGACUGCAGCCAAAAUAUUUUACUCUUAAAGGUAUAAUAUGUAGGAUUUUCCUAAAAAAAAAAAAAACAAUGUAUAGACUCAUACAAAAAUAAUCCCUCUCAAUUAUGAAUCACUAGAAGUGAGUAGUGGUAUAUGUAUCUACAGAGACCCUGCCCUCUGCCUGUAUUUUAUGAUUUUCUUAUUAUUUUGCUGUGUUCAGGACGCUUCUGGGUGUCAACCUUUGGUCAGUGGGUGUGUAGCUCCUAGCCAAUAACAGCACAUGGGGUGUGGGGUCUACAAAAUACAAGAUCUGGCAAUGCUGCACCUUCCUGCAGGGUUGUGCGGAGGUAUGCAGGGGUGUGGGUGUGUUUAUUUGUGCUUUAGAACGCAACCACCGUAAAACAAUCAGAAAAUCCUAUUUUACGGCUUUGUUCUUGUUAUCGCCACUCGCUCUCUUCAUUUACUCUCUAGCUCGCUCAACCACCGCUGCCGCUCAGCUCGCUUUGGUGUCGUUGAGCCGGGGAGGAGGGGCCAACUUUGAAUGCUGUGUUUACAAACACCAGCCAACAAAUCCUGCAUAGUAUACCUUUAAUGUGGUGAAUAUUUUUUCUGUACCCUAAUAUUAUGGAAUAUUAUACCAUUCAAAAAGUGUAUUUGAAAACAAGGUUUUAUAUCUGUAACAAUAGUUUUGUAAACUUUUACAUUUAUUUUACAUGACCUGUGAGGCAAAAACACUUGCAUGUGAGUGUGUGUACAUGCAUACAGACUUUUGACAUGUUUACUGCAUGUUGCAUGUGUUGCAGUUCUGUACAUUGAGCUUUGUAAGAUCAGCUUAAUCAGCAGCAAACAUAAAUGUACAAUUUUACAAAACUACGGUUACAGAUACAAAACCCUGUUUUCAAGUACACCUUUUUGAAUGAUAUAAUAUUCCAUAUGAAAUUUGUUGUUCUCAGAAAACGUUGGAUGUUUUUUGAAUAUGACCUUUGAUAGUUUUUGUUCAGAUGUAUCUCUUCAGUGUCUUGGGUUGACUGGAGCUUUGAAUCUGCAGUGAAAUGGAUCAGCUUCCUUUUGAAACCAUAUACUCUGUUGUAGUCUUUAGUGUAAACACAGUAAUCUACAGUACGUGUGAAUCAUAUCAUGUGGAAUAACAGCCAAAUAGUAUUACAUCAACAGUAGCAGAAUAAAGGGAAAGGUUUUGCAUGGUGUGAAGUACCAAGUCUUGUCUCCUGAUGGUGUGAAACACGCAAUAUUUUCUAUCUCCUAUUUCCAAUACUUUACCAACUGUGUGAUUUAAUUUUUAAAAAAUUUUAACUGAAGUCAAGUCAUACUCUCACUGGUGUACAAACAGCUGAAUGCUAGUGACACUACUGAUAAAUAUUUUGCCAAAUAGAAAACAGUGUUUUUCCUUUUAACCACUAGCAACGGUCCAUAAUUUUUAUGGCUAAAGUCUGUACUACUAAACAGAUUUGCUACUGCUAAAUUAAAUAUAAUGGAGUUUCUGUCCGGCACUACACAGAAUAUGUCACUAGAACAUGUCAUUUUUGUAAUUUGACGACUGUUUUACACACAUCACUGACAAGCUGUCUUGUGUUCAUUUUGUUGUAAUGUUUGUUUUAUAUGUAACAGAGAAAUUUUUUUUAAACAGUAAAAUCAAUACUAAAAGUAAAAAUCAAUGUUUACACCCUCUCAGUAGGUCACAUAUGUAACAGUUUGCACAUUGUCUUGUCAUUUGCGCCAACAUAUCAAUAAACUUUGUGUGCUUCAUAUUCUCUGAA